AUGAAGCGGCGGAAGACCGUCGUGGCGGCUGCCUUUUGCGUCUCCUUUUGUCUGGGCACGCUUAUGAACGUACUGUUCGUGCCAGGCUUCGAGUCGCACCAGACUCUUAAUAAAGCAGGGCGGCAUUAUUUCGACCACGCACACCCAUCGCGACUGCGUUCAAACGAAUUUGCACCCAUAACAGGAGCAAACACGGAACCCCUUACCUCCGCCGGACUGGACGAUCUCCAAUCACAGAUACGAGAGAGAUUCGAUGAGGUGCUCCGAUAUCGGUCCCGAUCUGAAGACGCCCCCGAUCGUCCUCUCGAACGCAGGAGGCUGAUGGAUCUGGACAGGGCGAGCAGACGGGAUCGGUACCGAGAAAGAAGCGAGGAGGGUCCGGGGCGGCGGACCGCGUCAGGAGGGUCUCAAGCGCGGCUAGACUGCGGGAGUCUGGAAAGUGCCAGCGGUGUGCAGUUCGUGGGAUCGGGCUAUACAAAAGCUGUUCACAGGGCUGAACUCAACCACAGUUUAUCAGUGGCUCUUAAAUCCGUGGAUCUGGCAGGUCACGACAUGGAAAGCUGCGUGAAAAGGUACGGAUCGACUGAGGAUUGUUACCGACUCGCGUCCUUUAAGAUCAUCAAAGAGAUGACACUGAUGGAAAGACUGCAGCAUCCCAACAUCCUUAAGUUGUACGGCUACUGCUACCAGGACAGCAGCGAUAUCAAAGACACUGUGACAGCUAUUAUGGAGCUGGGCAGCCCUUUAGAGAUGAUCCAGUUGCUGCAGACACCAUGGGAGGAGCGGUUCAGGAUCUGUCUGAGUUUGGCUCGUUUGCUACACUACCUGGCACACUCACCACUGGGCUCGCUCACAUUGCUGGACUUCAGGCCAAGGCAAUUUGUGCUGGUGGAUGGCGAACUUAAAGUGACCGACCUGGACGAUGCCAGCGUAGAGGAGACACCAUGCUCUUCACUCACUGACUGUCUGUUGGAGUAUCCAGCUCGCAACUUCACCCUCCUGUGUAGAAACGGCCGUUGCCAGGACAUUAACGAGAAGAGGAACGUAUACAAUGCCUAUAGGUUCUUCUUUACCUAUCUGCUGCCUCAUAGUGCCCCCUCAGCCCUGAGGCCUCUUCUUGACAACAUUGUCAACUCUACAGGGGAGCUUCUCUGGGGAACAGACGAAACCCUGGACCACUUAGAGAAGGUGUUAGAGAUGUACAAGAAUGGACAUUACCUUGUGAAUGACACACAGGUUCAUCAAACAAAAUAUAAACUAGUGGAGGAUAUGUCUAUAUCGGGAGAAGACUACCGCUGCUGGCCGUCCUAUCAGCAUGACAAAUGCAUGCUGUCUGUCUACAGUGUCCGCGAAGCUAUUGGUGUGUGUGAGAGCCACGCUCAGUGCAAAGCAUUCAUCAUGACUAAUCAGAGCACAUGGACAGGUCACCAGCUUGUGCUCUUCAAGACGGGCUUUUCCAAAUUGACUCCUGCUAAAGGAAAGCUAGCAUACAUCCAAAUGGACAACUAAGAGACUGAGGAAGAGAGAAGGAGGAGGUGUGGUCUUCCACAAAAAAGGCUCCAUUAUGGUCUUUGACUAAUACAUUUCAGAUCAAUAUAAGAGGAUGCUGAAAACAUCAAGGUCCUUAGAAAGUGCAAUGCAAUGGAUCACAUGUCCAGAGCUUCUCUGUUCUGAAUGUAGUAACUAAUUAUUCAGGUUUUCUAAAAGAUUAAGGUGUGGUCUUCCACCAAAAAGGCUCCAUUAUGGUCUUUCACUAAUACAUUUUCUCAGAUCACUAUAAGAGGAUGCUGAAAACAUCAAGGUCCUUAGAAAGUGCAAUGCAAUGGAUUACAAUCUAAAAGCUUCUGUUUUAAAUGCAGAAGCUUAUAAUUCAGGUUUUCUAAAAGCUCAAGCUAGCGUCGUGCCUUUCUGGUUAGGUACCGCACUUUCAGGGUACAUCCUUAAAAAACACAGCCAUCAGGAAGCUUUUCUGUCAUGUUUCUGUCAUUUCUUUCCUCAAAGCAUGUUCAAUGGGGUGCUAAAGGUGCAUCUUUAUAUGUAAUUAAAAUUAGACACACUGCAGCAGUGCAAUGUGCAAAAGUAAGUGCAUAAACAAUAUUGGCAUCUAAAACAGCAGAUUCUGCUGAUGUCUGCAACAAACCUUUGUUUUUUUAGGAGGAAUUAAAGACAAACUUGGCAACUGAAAUAAAGCCCUUGGCUCAUCUGCUUUCCAGGGGCGUCUUUAAAGUUUAGCUGUUUUUCCACAUACCCUGCCUCCCUUUGGUCAUAUACUAUAUACACCAUUAUGGUCUGCUUCAUCCUUCUAUCUUUUUUGCUAGAUCAGGUGUUGUCUGCAUGACUCAGGUAUGUCUAGUACGAUCCAAAUCCACAGAUGUUUUGCAUCUUCCAUACUUCUUCUCUUUACCAGCACUUUUUUUAAUCGAACAGGGUCUUUAUUCACAUUUUGAGCUUUAAAUGUUUUUUGUUCAUUCCAAUUACUUUCAAAGGUUUAUUUGUAAAAUACAAAAGAACGGUAUACAUGGUACAAGAAUGUCACAAAGUAAAUAUAAAAACUUUUAGCAGCAAUGAAGACACAAAAACACAAAAUUUGAAUAUAUUUUCUUAGAAUCAGCAGCUAUGUGGUAUGUGCAACUGUCUUUGUUAGUUGUGACUGUUUAGUCUUAUUUAAAGAUGCAAGUCCAUGCCUGUAGACUCCAUGACCCCUUGUAAUACAACGAAACAAGGAGAUUUUUGUUAGCCUAUAAAUUUCCCAAGGAAAUGUGAAGCCGAACUUUUACUUAACAAUUAAAAAAUUAAAAUAUUUUCUGCUUUCAAAGAAAGCAAUUAAAUGAAGCUGAAGUUGAACAUGUUUGUGGCUUUUGGUCUAUGUAGUGUGUAUAUAAUGA